AUCGAAUUUUGUAUCGCGCGUGCCGUGCCAAGACACGAGAAGGCGCGGAGCGGGACUUCGAAAUUUCCCGCGCGGACGAUAAGCGACUACGUUCAAACGCGUUAAUCACGGCAACGUUCAGACGCGUUAAUAGCGGCAACUUUCAGACGCGUCAAAUAAUACAAAUACGGCAAGUUCAGACGCGUUAAUAACGGCAAUAACGGCUAAUUAAGUGCGUCGAAAACGAAAAAGAGAGACACGACAGUAAAAAAAAAAAAAACAAACGAAAAAGAGGGAAGAACCGUCGCCGUGCGAUCGGUUUUUUAAUCGCCGAGCGAUUAUAUUCGGCGAUUCGUGAUACUCGAAGAGAAAACGAACUUAAUCCGUUGAAACUUUCACGGCGAGAAUCACGUUUACCCCGCGUUUACUCGUGCUUCGUGAUUCCGUCGGUCACGUGAUAUACUCCGCGAGGAAGGCGAUUGCGCGCAGUCAUUCGCGACAAUUUGACCAUCUACGAAACGUACGUUCCACGGCCGUCGCGCGUCGGCUCGUUGCUCAAGUAACGUGGUCUUUCGGAACGCACAGUUUACGCUUACGCGCCGGGUGCGCGGACACACUGCAUGUACGUGAGGAUUGGCGAAUGCGGGAUAACAAUACGCACACAUACGCACACCCUCUCGGUGAUUUCGUUGGUUUCGCGGUCGCCGCAGGUCGCCGUGUCGCGUGGUGUCCCUCGUAUCCGAGGGGGCUUUUCCGUGCUUUUCCCCAGUCGAGAGCAACAGCAACACACGUGCGCGCUCGCGCGCAUGUGCUCCGCGUAAUUACUGCGUGUGCGAGGGUGUGUGCCCGUUCGUUGUAUGUCAACGCGUGUGGCUCGCGACAAGUGCCGGCUGAGUUAAACGGUCUCGCACGCGGCCGAAGAUGGAGAACACGACGUGUCCGACUAACGUGCUGGAGAGCGCGAGCGUGCCCGGCCUGAUGAUGCUGCUCGCCACGUUGAUCGCCGGCGGAAUCGUCCUCGUGAUCUGCUACGCUGUAAGCCGGCGAUCGCGUUCCCGCCAGGACUCGAAGAAAACAUAUUACAGUAAUGAAUCCGUUCCAACAUCGCACAUGUAUAUAUCAUCACCACCACCAGUACCAAUGCAGCCCCGCGAGGGUAAUAAACGCUCGAAGAACAAUAAGAAACGUCAAGUCCAGCAAGAACGAGUUCACCCUUGGAUGAUAGGUACGCUGAAGGGACAUACCGGCCUGGUAAACGACAUGGACUUUUCCAGCAAUGGCAGAUAUCUGGCGAGCUGUGCCGAUGAUGAGAGCUUGCGAGAGACGAGAAAGCAUGUCCAGUCCUCCGGGCAUAUGUAUAAGAAAAAAGAGUUCAAGAAGAAGACAUCUUCGUCACUGCAGACGGACUGCAGAGAAUCGCAAAGCUUCGCACGUCGUGAAGAUAAAGAAGCAGGAAAAGUGUCCAGGAGCAGGACUCGGGGAUCUUCACUGUUUUCUUUCCAACACGUCGGUAAGGUGUCGGAGGAGCCUUCAUCGCUCGAGGUGUUUACCAGCGACACAUCCAGCAACGAUGACAUCCCGGACGAGAGCCAGCGGCAGAUGAUGUUCCUGAACGAUAUGCCUACCUGUUUGGCUUCCACGAUCAACAAAUGUACACUGUCACCGAAGGAAUUAUUUGAACAUGGCUAUCCCAUCGAGUCGACUCUCUUUCCGGGUUACGCGAUGAUAAACAAUGUAUCAUAUCCAUCAGGCCCCAAGAUUGAGAGUGAUAGUGGCCAAUACAGCAAUUCCAGCUCGUCCGACAAUUCCGAGCAGGAGAGCUCGUCCGAUAACGAGAAGAACUUCGACAAAGAAAACAGUCCCGACAAACCGAAGCAUCGAAACGAGAAAAACUGCUCCGAAAACAAGAAAGGAUGCGAUAGUGAAAGCAGCUCAGAUAGUGAGAAAAGUAUUUCGGAUGACAAGAAAAGCUCCGAAAGCGAAAAGAGCUGCGAUAGUGGGAGCCAUUCCGACAGAGAGACUAGUACGGACAAUCAGAGCUCCGAACACAGGAAGAGCUGCGACAGAGAUGGCAGUUUGGACAACAAAAACGCCGAAGACGAGGAUUGUUCUACCAACAAGAGACUGGAAGAAACGGACUAUGAAAACGAGAACAAUUUGAUCAACAAGAAGAGUCGAGAGGAGAAAAAAGGAUCAGGCGCAAACGGCAAUACGGGGUUGUUGGAGAGGACAUGCGUCAGAUGCUACAAGGUAUUCUAUGCCGAUCAGAACGGCGAGUAUCUGAACGCGGAACGUUGCGUUUACCACUGUGGCAAGUUGUACAACCGCAUGACCAACGACAGCUGGUAUUGGACGUGCUGCAACCAGGCCAGAUUUUCGCGCGGAUGUGCUGAAUGGAAGACACAUGUAUGGACUGGCCUCGUCCCCGGAAUCAAUGGACCCUUCGCGGGAUAUGUGCACACCAUGCCGUCUCCAAUGUUCCUACACGAUAACAACUACGGCAUCUACGCGAUGGAUUGUGAGAUGUGCUUCACGCUGCAGGGUUUGGAACUCGCCAGAGUGAGCCUCGUCGACUUGUACGGCCAGGUCGUGUAUGACACGCUCGUCAAGCCGAGCGCUGAGAUCAUCGACUUCAACACCAAGUUCAGCGGCAUUACGGAAGAAGACAUGUUUAACGUCACCAAGACUCUCCCGGAGGUGCAGAACGACCUGCUCAAUUUCAUCCACGCCGAGACGAUUCUAAUGGGCCACGGUCUCGGAAACGACCUCAAAGCGCUGCGCCUGAUCCACAAGAACGUCGUCGACACCAGUGUGAUGUUCCCGCACUACCUCGGCUUGCCAUAUCGUAACGGCCUCAAGACUCUGGCGCGGAAAGUGCUCAACCGGAAAAUACAGGAAGAGACACAUAAUUCCAUCGAAGACGCCCGGGUCGUUAUGGAUUUAGUGUUGCGAAAGGCUCAAUACGAGUGGCAGCAGUCUCUUGCUUGGUAGAUAAAAUCUUAGAUUAAAUCGCCAUCUCGAGAAAAGACUCAUCUACGUGAACAAGAACUAUUCGAUAGUCUUGGCAGUAGUUCGCGGUGAAAUAAUGUCGCGACAGGGAGCGCGUGUUAUUGGACUAAUUUGUAAAUAUAAAUCAAGAAGAACCGCGUUUUUUUUCCUAGUGUUCGUUUCCAGGGGUGAAAUCUGUGAUAUUACACAUAUAGUGCAAUGCGUUCCUCACGUGCGUUCCUGCGUCCCCACGUUCGCCUCUGAUGAUAAGGGACGCGAUUGUACUCACAUAUACGCACACAAUACAUAACACAAACGUAACAUACAGCUUGUAAGUUGAUAAUAAUUGACAAUCACGGAGAAAUUUAUAACGGACUACGCGCAGUCGAACAUUUAUCAGAGACUUUAAAUCUAUUUAUUAUUUUUCAUACUCUUUGUACUUUUCAUACUACUCUACUAUGUACUACUCUAUACUAUCGCUAAAUACUACACUUUUUACUUAACUGCUAUCGAUCUGAUAUUACUUUAAAACUUUAUC